GCAGCAUCCAAUGUCGAAGAUUUACAGAGCUAUUUGGUUUGGGGAUUUAUUUGCCGCUACAACUCUUUUGUAAAAUAGCUCUUCCUUCUGUACAUAACCCGCGAGUUUUAAUCUCCAAAGUCUUUUCGCCUUUCAAUGACUGCUGAUUAUACGUGUUACGUGUUACAGAAAACCAAGAAAGAUUGGAACAGAUAAGUACGUACAUAUGUCCGGGGAAAUAAUGCGGAUUUUCCUCUUCAUGUCGCUGUUUCAAACGUCGCUGAAUUGUCUACUUUUCGUCUAAAUACACACCAAAUUGUCCAAAUUUCGCUUAACUAUACGCCUAAACGUUUAGGCGGAAAGGAGACAUAUGCGAGGAAGUAGACAUGUUAGUGCGUUUCCCCUUUGUUCGUCUUUAUUUACCCCUUAUCGGUUGAUUGGGAUGUUUCAUUGGCAAUUAGAGAACCGCAUUUUUUUUACUCGUUCCACAAUCACAUCAAGGACAGUAUGCAAGUGUUUUUAACCCAGCUCUUAAUAUUUGCAACAUAUCCGUCAUGGUAAUCCGAAUUUUGGAGACAUAUGGGCCACUACCUAACUAGUUGAUUAGUCUGUUAGUAUAGUAUUGUUUCACUCCUAAUUCUUAGAUACGGAUUGAUAUUCUAUUCCAUUGUAUAAUACGAUUAAGUGACGGGAUUAUCCCACCGUUCGUAAACAAGACCUUGUGAGAAACUUUACAGGAGUCCCAUGGGACAAAUACAUGUCAGUAAUAAAGAUAAGCCAAUCGACUUACUUUAAUCCUUGCAAUCUUUAAUACUGUGGAGAUCCAGUAUCACUUUGAAUGUAUUGACAAAAGGUACUGAUGUUACGCGUUCUAGUAAAAAAAUCCAGUAACUUACUGCUCGGUGCAGGGAACGGAAUUGUAGACGUAAGCGAUUUGGUAUCGGUAUUGAACCUCAGAAUUUUCUCUCAGAUGAUCGGUCGUAGAUCAAAGUAAGAGAUAAGACGUCAAUACCAAAAUCAUCGUUCAGUGUAUGGUAAGCCAGUAUUAGGUCACUUCGUAAUCUGCGGUAAGAUAACGGAAAAUGUUGAGGCAUCUCAGAACGUUUUCAUAAGAUGGGCUAAAGGGGCUUUUUACUAUUUGUUCUAUUUACCGUUGAACUCGUCCUAGCAUAUUCAUCUCAUACUUGGAAUAAAGACUCUGCUUGGAUCCCAUAUUUCAAAUGUGGGCUCACAAGAUUCGGGUAUAAUACCCUAGACGUUUUUUCGUCCAAGAGAUAAAAUGGAUUACUAGUAGCUCAUAAGACCCUGAAGUCUUUGGCAGCAGAAGUAUUGUAGUUACUCGUAGUUUUAAGGUCUUAGUUCAUUGAGUCCUAGGUCUUUAUAAUCCAUAACACAACUCCACGUAUCAUGUAGUAAUAUGAAUCGUUGCAGUUAUUUAUUUGAAUCACCACACUGGUUACAUGUGGUAUGGCAACUCGAACUGAUGUAUGUACGUUGUUACUGACUGACUGACACUGGUUACAAUUAACUCUUCAUGUCCGCCUACUCAUUCGUCCAACCAGUGGGUUUCGGUCAUCCUGUAAUAUUAUUCUAUCUGGCAUACUGUGUAUGGGUUUCCAAAUCUUAAUGUCAUCUGCAGAGCAAAACAGACAAGUUUGCUGCAGUUGCUAAAUCAUAUACAGUAAAGAAAGAAGAGUAUUGAGGAUUUUACCAUGAGGAAGUCCACUUUUUACAGAUUCCCACGUUAAUAGUCUUAUUUAUUGAUGCAUUUCCUUAGCAUUACAUCCGAUCUACCUUACAAAAAUAAAUGAGUCAAGUGAUUUCUACACAACGGAUCCUGAGCAUAUAGGUAGUGUAAUCUCGUUAAAUAAUGUUGUGUUGAUUGACUUUCACUUUCCUACUUUAUGGCAGUGAAACAUGGCCGGCAAGAGUAGAGGAUAUCCGUAGGUUACUAGUAUUUGAUCAUAGGUGUCUUAGAAAUAUUGCUCGUAUAUCGUGGGAGCAUCGAGUAAGUAAUGCAGUUGUUAGGAAACGGGUACUAGGUAAGGAUGGAAAAUCAAUUGAUGACGUAGUGAAACUUCAUCAGUUGAGAUGGCUUGGACACGUGUCACGUAUGCCCAACGACCGACUGCGUCUACGUGCGAUGUUCAGUGGUAUAGGAGUAGGUUGGAAGAAAGCUAGGGUUGGCCAAACCAAAACAUGGCACAAGUCCAUGAAGUCACUGACAAGUGAACUGAGUCAUGUUGGUAGGUGUAGACUACCUGGUUGGGGACCGCGAGAUGAUAGCAACCGAUGGUUAGAGACCCUGAAUGACAUGGCUCAAAAUCGUCUGCAAUGGCGCAGGUGCAUCCACUUUUUGUGUUCUCCCAAAUUUUGAUCUCUUUAUUCCUCCUUGUCUCUUUUUUUUUCUCUUCCCAAAUUUAUUUCACUGUAUUAUACUCUUUGAAUAACAUCUCCAAACACUAAUUUUCCCGAUUACUGCUUAUACUCUUAUUACCUCUACCACUACGGGAUUUGAAUCGACCACUGCAUCUCUGUGCUAAUGUGGUAUGGCAACUCGAACUGAUAUACGUACGUACGGAGUUCUACGUUGUUACUGACUUGUGGAUGUGAUUAUCAUCCCGAAGACCACUUUUCGAUCAUAUGACUGCAGGUUUAAUCUUUUGGACAGAUUAGAACCUUCAUUUAUCAUUUUUCGCUGCACACUUGGCUCGUCAUAAUUUUUCUUGUGUCAUAAGCUGGUCUAACAGUUCAAACAUAUGAACACUUUGGUAAAUUCUUGAUUAAAACCUAAAAAUAUGGGCUUCCCCUCUUAUGUUAUUUAGUGUAGUUUGUUUUGGCGAAAAAUAAGUGGAUUAGAUUAUAAGUGAUAACUAGAUGGUUUCGUGGUAGUACGGAGCUAUAACGAACGGUUUUUAACCUUAUGACAAGCGCGUUGGUGAGUUGCUGAUGUAUAAAAUAGCUUGUUAAAAAUAGAGCAGUGGCUUAGUGAUCAAAGCGUUUGACUUUAAACUCGUAGAUCACAGGUUUGACUUCAUCUAAUUCUGUAUGUGCAACCCAGUGGUAUCAUUAGCCGUUGCAUAGUAAACAUGGUCCGAAACAUGAAUCUGUACAUUGCUAGAUAUAAUGGUUACCUACCUUAUAUUUUAGUCCAGUAACUUCUCCCAUUGCUAGAAGGGAGAGAACCUAGUGUGAUUUAUGAAAGCCUCGUGUGGAUAGUUAAAAUUCGUCAAAAGUCGCUUAUUAUGUUGGAGCUGUCAAGUGAGCAAUGAUGAUAUUACUUGUGGAGUUGAGGUUUUAAACUGUUUACGGAAGCGGGUGGGGAAUAUUUUGCCACUUUGCUUGAAAUACGAUGGUAGCUUUUAUAAGAGUAGGUUGGAAAAAACCACAGAGCCAAACCAGUACAUAACAUCAGCGCACAAAGCUGCUUGCCCUUAGUUUUCGCAGCAAAUAUAAUCCACUUUAUAAGUGACCUCUAAAGCACCUGCUCGUUGUCGUAAAUGUGAGGUGAUGUGGCUAAAGGUUGUUUUCAAUGGUGCAAGUGAACUCGUUCUUUGUUUUCACAACUGUUGAGCAACUUGUUACUACACACUCUACCAGCUUUCUUCACGUUUCUGUUUUCGUUUCUUUCUUCCUAAUGUUGUCAUUAUUAUAUUCCAGAUUAUUAUAAAUGGCUUCCGAAGAUUGUGACGAUAUAUUUGGACGCCGAUAUCUUACAGAUGCUUCUGAUGUUUAUGAGUGGAAUGCUUGGGAUGACGUUCAGUGGACAGAAGAGCAGGAAAAUUUAGCAAAAGAAAUAAUACUUUUGAAUAGUUCUGUUAGACUCCCAGAUGAUUCUCAAGAAAGAAUUGAGAUCCUUGCACAUGAAUACUGGGACAAGUUUUAUUCCCAUCAUGAAGAUAGAUUUUUCAAGGACAGAAAUUGGUUAGAAAAAGAGUUCUGUGAAUUAUUUUCUUCAACGUGUGAGUUUUGGCCCUUUUUAAUUUUUUUUAGCACCUAGUGUGCACAUAAUGGAGGUCGGUUGUGGUGUGGGGAAUACAAUAUUUCCAAUAUUACGCGCUGUAAAGUAUACGAUAUUAAAAUGUCUAUAGUCAGUUUAGGAGUCCUGGACUGUUGAUAUAUGCAUCAGAUUUCUCUGAAAAGGCUCUAUCUAUACUCAAAGAAUCCAAAGGAUAUGACGCUGAUCGUUGUAUUACUUUCCAGCAUGAUAUAACCAAAACUAAUGAUGAAAUCCCUUGUCCUAGAAAUAGUUUGGAUUUUCUAGUCUUAGUGUUCGUAUUAUCAGCAGUUAAUCCUGAAUUGUUUCACCGUACACUUAAAAAUCUUGUUACGUAUUUAAAACCCGGAGGUGUGCUAUUGUUUCGAGAUUAUGGAAGGUUUGAUUUAGCUCAGCUAAGAUUUAAAAAUGGCCAGUGUUUAAAAGACAAUUUUUAUAUGAGAUCAGAUGGGACAAGAGUUUACUUUUUCACUCAAG